CCCAGACUAAAUUGUGUUCACUUUUCUUAAUCAGUUACUCAGAGAGAAGGAAAUGACAUCUGGUCCUGUCCUCUUCUACAUCUUGAUUUUUGGAAAAUAUUUUUCUCAGGGGAGUGGACAGGAUGUCAAGUGCUCCCUUGGCUACUUCCCCUGUGGGAAUAUCACCAAGUGCUUGCCUCAGCUUCUCCACUGUAACGGUGUGGACGACUGCGGGAACCAGGCUGACGAGGACAACUGUGGAGACAACAAUGGAUGGUCUUUACAACUUGACAAAUAUUUUGCCAAUCACUUCAAAAUGAUUUCCCCAGAUUACUUUGACGCAGAAAUAUCAGAAUGCCUGGUCGGUUCUGUGCCCAUGCAAUGUCUUUGCCAAGGUUUAAAGCUUGACUGUGAUGACACCAAAUUACGAGCCAUUCCAUCAGUUUCUUCAAAUGUGGCUGUAAUGUCACUUCAGUGGAAUUUAAUAAGGAAACUUCCUCCUAACGGCUUCAAGAAGUACCGUGAUCUUCGGAAACUAUGCCUGCAAAACAAUAAGAUUAAAUCCGUAUCCAUCUAUGCUUUCCGAGGACUGUACAAUCUUACUAAACUGUAUCUCAGUCGUAACAGAAUAACCUUCUUGAAGCCAGGUGUUUUUGAAGAUCUCCACAAUCUAGAAUGGCUGAUAAUUGAAGAUAACCACCUCAGUCGAAUUUCCCCAUUGACAUUUUAUGGACUAAAUUCUCUUAUUCUCUUAACACUGAUGAAUAAUGUCCUUACUCGUGUGCCUGAUAAACCUCUUUGUCAGCAUAUGCCAGGACUGCAUUGGUUGGACUUUGAAGGCAACCGUAUCCAUAAUUUAAGAAAUAUGACUUUUAUUUCCUGCAGCAAUUUAACUGUUUUGGUACUGAGGAAAAACAAAAUUAAUCACUUAAAGGAAAAUACUUUUGCACCUCUCCAGAAACUAGAUGAACUGAAUCUUUCCUAUAACCCAAUCCAGAAAAUUCAAGCAAAUCAAUUUGAUUAUCUUGUCAAACUCAAGUCUCUCAGCCUAGAAGGAAUUGAAAUUUCAAAUAUUCAACAAAGAAUGUUCAGACCUCUUAUGAAUCUCUCUCACAUCUAUUUUAAGAAAUUCCAGUAUUGUGGAUAUGCACCACAUGUUCGCAGCUGUAAACCAAACACUGAUGGAAUCUCGUCUCUAGAGAAUCUCUUGGCAAACAUCAUCCAGAGAGUGUUCGUCUGGGUUGUGUCUUCAGUUACCUGCUUUGGAAAUAUCUUUGUCAUUUGUAUGCGACCUUAUAUCAGCUCUGAGAACCAGCUGCAUGCCAUGUCAAUCGUAUCUCUCUGCUAUGCGGACUGCCUAAUGGGAAUAUAUUUAUUCGUGAUUGGACUCUUUGACCUAAAGUUUCGUGGAGAAUACAACAAGCAUGCACAGUUGUGGAUGGAGAGUGUUCAUUGUCAGCUUGUGGGAUCUUUGGCCAUUUUGUCCACAGAAGUAUCAGUAUUACUUUUAACAUUUCUGACAUUGGAAAAAUAUAUCUGCAUUGUGUAUCCUUUUAGAUAUUUAAGACCUAGAAAAUGCAGAACAAUUACAGUUCUGAUUCUCAUUUGGAUUACUGGGUUUAUAGUGGCUUUUGUUCCAUUGAGCAAUAAGGAAUUUUUCAAAAACUACUAUGGCACCAGUGGAGUAUGUUUCCCUCUUCAUUCAGAAGAUACGGAAAGUGUUGGAGCCCAGAUUUAUUCAGUGACAAUUUUUCUUGGUAUUAACUUGGCAGCAUUUAUCAUCAUAGUUUUUUCCUAUGGAAGCAUGUUUUACAGUGUUCAUCAAAGUGCCAUAACAGCAACUGAAAUACGGAAUCAAGUUAAAAAAGAGAUGAUCCUUGCUAAACGGUUUUUCUUUAUUGUAUUUACUGAUGCAUUAUGCUGGAUACCUAUUUUUGUACUGAAAUUUCUUUCAUUGCUUCAGGUAGAAAUACCAGGUACCAUCAAUUCUUGGGUAGUGAUUUUUAUUCUACCUAUAAACAGUGCUUUGAACCCAAUUCUCUAUACUCUGACCACAAGACCAUUCAAGGAAAUGAUCCAUAAGUUUUGGUAUAACUACAGACAAAGAAGAUCUAUUGACAGCAAAAGAAGUCAGAAGACAUGUGCUCCGUCAUUUACCUGGCUAGAAAUGUGGUCACUGCAGGAGAUGCCACCUAAGUUAAUGACACCAGCUCUUUUCACAGACCCCUAUGAAUCAUCACUAAUUUCUCAAUCAACUAGACUAAAUUCCUGUUCAUAACUGACUCUGAAUCCCAUCUGCUAAAAGAAAGUAGCUUACAAAGACUUGAGGUUGUUUGGGGAAACUCAAAGUGACUGAUUCCCAUAUAAAGGGAAAUAAAUUAUAUUGGUAAUGUGUAUAUACUAGCAAAUAUUUUGCAUAGGAAAUUAAGAGAGAUCUACUUCAGAAAGAUUCAUUCUUCUU